UACAUUAUUAACGCGCAUCCAGCUACAUCUUUGAUAUCGGUUAAUUUACUCGCAAUAUAAAUCGUGUUUCACUACGUCGUUUCUUUUUACACCAGAGUCAAUUUGCUACUUAAUUUGAAAGAAGCCAACUACAUUCAUUUAAGUAGAGUUACAUAGCAAUAAUUAAGUGCAUUCUUGUAUAUAUAGUAUGAUAUACAGUAGACAAUAAAAAUAUUUGUAUAUCCCUUCUAUCAUAAUUUAUCUAUCAUAAUGUAUAAAUAGUGGUUCGUUAAAUCCAACGUCCAUUUAUUAAUUUAUCCAUUGUAUAGGUGCAUACAUAUAAAGAUUCUAUUAUUUAAUAAUAUCUUCAUUCAAUUACAAAAAGUAUGUAUCCAAUUAAUAACCAUAGCAAUGCGCAUAUGCUUUUUAUAUCAGUUGCAGUCACGGGUGGUCGUAUAUAGAGACUCUUUGAAAAAGAUAGCCUUCGUACAUGAGAUCGCGAUGAGAUCGUGAUUAUAAAUUAUAAUAAAACGAAAUACGAGAUGUCAAAGACUAAAAACAUAUCUAAUUUUAAAUCAUAAUAAAUAUUAUUAAGUAAGUAACGUAAUAAUAUAAAUAUAUUAUAUUCCAAUCGGCACGAUCUCAUAUGUGCAAGUAUUUUGCUUUGACUCUAUAAAAAUAGAUAAAUAUGAAAUAAUGGAAUACUCCUUGUAAAACUAGCAGCGAAACGUAACAAUCGAAACAAAUUGAAGAAAUUAGCGACAAUUAGCAAACGUUUUCGCAGCGUUCUGCUUAUGACAAUUUGAAUGUCAUGCCGAUUGAAAAUUUAAUUACAUCGCGACGCAGGCUACUCCAAGCUUUACUUGUGUUUCCAUCUAAUUAUUCAAAUCGUAUUUGUCCAAACUGUGGCACCGUUCCAACCCAUAAUAUGUACUAUCUCAUUAAUAUAAUAUAAUAAUUCCACCGGAAUUAUUGGUCGAAUCGAAAUGCUACAUCAAAAGCUAUAUCACCUUAGUUACUUGAGAUAAAAAGUUGUUCGUUUUCAACUAGUGUCAUUGCAUUAUAUAAAUAAUAAUAACAGAAUAGAUUUGAGAAUAUUAUUAAAUAAGAACUAUCUUAGUGCUAACAUUUAUUUUAUUAAAAAAUCUCUCUCUCUCCCUCUCUCUUUCUCUGCCUAAAUACCAUAAGAUUAUUAAAUAAGAUUUUUCCAUGGCAUAGUAAUUUUACAUGCACAAAAACCACAGUGAUUUGAAAGGAAUGUUGAAUUUUCACGUAUACAUACACGACGCAUCACUGCGACUUCUCGCACUCGCCUCCUUCAUUUUCCUCCCCCAGAACAGCACUUUCGUUAUGCUCCAGAUCCUCCCUUUGCUCCUCGCCGCUAGCCAUACGGAAAAUCUAAAGUGGUAAUAAGCCAACGCGUUUUGAGUUUCCCAGUCAGUCGGUUCUCGCGUUGGCAAAGACCAGCCGAACAAAGCUGAUCUCUUUUAUUCCACGGAAAGAUGCCACCCGGACAUAAACGGAAAAAAUGUACAGCUUACAACGAAUAGUUGGAUACAGGACAGUCAUUCUUCUCCUUUACCAUGAACCUGAUUUCGAGAUGAACCUCGCAUUGAUACUACAGUUUUUUACCGUGCUAUUUCUCUCGGAGUUAAUAGUAACAGCCGUGGGCACAGUUUUCUUCACAUCCUUAUUUUCGCGGCCGAAAGUGCAAAUUAACUUUCAACCGCCGGAAACUAAACAGAAGCCACAUAUCAUCAUUAUUCUUGCUGAUGAUCUGGGUUGGAACGACGUAAGUUUUCACGGAUCGGAUCAAAUUCCUACGCCGAACAUCGACGCCCUUGCAUACAAUGGUAUCAUCUUAAAUAAUCAUUACGUUCCGGCAUUGUGCACGCCAAGCAGAUCCGCUUUGAUGACUGGAAAAAACCCGAUUCAUCUGGGUAUGCAACAUUCUGUUCUCUAUCCGACCGAACCACGAGGGCUUCCUCUAAGUGAGAAACUAUUACCGCAGUACUUACAGGAGAUAGGCUAUAAAACACACGCUGUGGGAAAAUGGCAUUUAGGAUAUUUCAAAAAACAAUAUACUCCGACGUAUCGUGGAUUUGACUCACACUUUGGAUAUUGGAACGGUCUUGAGGAUUAUUACACUCAUAUCGCGCAAGAACCGGAUCCACUAUAUAACGAGUACAAAGGCUUCGAUAUGAGGCGAAAUCUGACAGUGGCAUGGGACACUGCAGGAAAAUACGCUACCGAUCUCUUCACAAACGAAGCUGUGCGGCUGAUUAACGAACACGAUACUGAACGUCCAAUGUUUCUAUACCUGGCUCACUUGGCUGUCCAUAAAGGUAAUGAAAAUCAACUGCUACGAGCACCGGACGAAGAGAUCGCCAAAUUUUCAUACAUUCUCGACCCGGAAAGAAGAAUCCAAGCAGCCGUUGUAUCGAAAUUGGACCAAAGCGUUGGCGAUGUGAUGGACGCACUGCGAAGUCGCGGCAUGUUGGAAAAUAGCAUAGUAGUCUUCAUGAGCGACAACGGUGCACCAACCAACGGUAUACUGAGCAAUCAAGGCAGCAAUUACCCUCUUCGUGGCAUAAAGGACAGUCCAUGGGAAGGUGGAACGAGAGGAGUCGCAGCUAUCUGGAGUCCUCUGAUUAGAAAAUCUAAAAGAGUGUCGAAUCAAAUGAUGUUCAUGUCCGAUUGGCUACCUACACUUUUAUCUGCAGCAGGAGUGGACAGGAUACAACUCGGAAACAUCGAUGGAUUCGAUCUCUGGCCAUCCUUGGUGUCGGGCAAAAUCAGUCCCAGAUCCGAAAUAGUGAUCAACAUCGAUGACCUCGCUGAUUAUGCUGCUAUUAGACGAGGCGAUUUUAAAUAUAUCAUCGGCCGGACUGAAACUGGCAUCGCCUGGCUUGGGGCAAGUGGAGACCCAUCCGAGGGCGUUUCCCCUCGAUACGAUCCUUACAAAGUGUUGUACAGCAAAACUGGUGUCGCUAUUUCUGGUAUUAUUACCGCUAAACAAGCGAUGGAACUAAACAAAAAGAAAAAAGAAAACAUAAGAAUUGUGUAUGAUACUUCUUCAAAAACCAAUUUUCAAGAGAAGAUACUUACCAGCGAGGACAUUAUCGAAAUGCGAAAAAAAGCACAGAUAAAGUGUAACGUUACAGAGAAAGAUAAGAUCCCUUGCGAGCCAAUGAUAGCACCAUGUCUCUUUAAUAUAGAACAAGAUCCUUGCGAAAUGGUGAAUCUUGCUGAGAGAAAUCCUGUGAUUUUAACUAUAUUUGAAACGAUUCUUAUUAGGCACAGAUUAACCGUGAUACCUCCUAGUAAUUUGGAUGGAGAUCCCAGAUCGAACCCAUCGCUUUGGAAUAACACCUGGACCAGUUGGGCCGAACCUAAUCCAUUAAUGCUCGCUUAUACGAAUAUUAAGCAGCCUGAAUAUUACGCCGAUCAGGCGAUCGUAGUAAUAUCUAUCAUUUUUUGUUUUUUCGUCAUUGGAGCAAUAAUUGCUUUUAAGUGUCGGAAAACUAAUUCGAACAACUUGGGGAAUCCUGAAUAUCAGAAUUAUCAUGAAAGAGUCACUUGUACUAUAGAUGACAGCGAAGAAGCAUUUUCCAUAUCUAGUAUUGUACCAGAUACAAGACGAAAUGAUACGCCUAGACACGGAGAUAUAAAUUGACAUCUUCGAAUGAGAUACACGAGCGCUAAACCUCUUUUAAUUACCGUAAAAAUUUAUUACACUCGUCGUACUCUUUUGCAAAGAUAUUAAUAAUAUUCUAUUUGAAUUCUAAUAAUUAAACUACACACGAUACUUGUUCAUUUAUAAAUUCACGAAAUGUAUUAAAUGAAAGCGAGUACACAAGUUUCACGGCUUUUAUCUCGUGUCAUCUCGUUCUUUACUUUCCUAUAGAAAACGUGAUCCAUACGAUAUACAGGAGUAUUAUAUCGUUAAUAGGAUGACAACGAUAAAAUACAAAUUCUAAGUUUAAAGGUACCGCUUGUUCAGUAAGUUUGUUGUACUUUGAGAAAAAUUCAUCGAAUAAUUCGCAACAUUUGUAAAUAGUCGACAAUCUUAAUUAAUGCUUACGAAAUAUUCAUACUGAUUAAAAACAAAAAUUACACCUAUGACUAGAUUAUAUCACUUCUAACAGAAUUAAACACACGCGCACGUGCGUUCAUUUAACUGACAUCUGUCACAUGAAUGAUCAACAAUAAAAACACUUUUAUGAAUAAAUACCUCAGUUUCAUAAUUUAUUUAUUCACCGACGCUUUCUUGUCUCUGUACAAAAUUUCGUGGAAAUAGAAAGUUCGAAUCAUCGCAUUUAAAAAGCAACAAAUACGGCACUUCCAUUUGCGAUCGAUAUCUAGAUUUCGAUGAUCUUGUGUUUUGCCAGCAUUUUAUUUCAAUUUACUAUCCAUUUCAUUGAUACCAUUGAUACCAAA